CAUCUGUUUCUGAGUUCUUUCCAUGGGACAAGAGAUUUAGAGCUGAAAGGGACCUAAGAUGACAUCUCUUUCACUCUCCCCUGCCACCAUUUUACAGAUUAGAAACCAGCUCAGACAGGUUAAAUGAUUUACCCACAGUCACUUAGGAGGAAGUGACAAAGACAGGAUUUGACCUCAAAGUUUCUGACCCCAAAGCCAACACUCUCUCCAGUGUACCACACUGUCUCCAGGUCAUGCUUCCAUGACCUGGGGCCAUAGAAGGCUCUGGAUUGAGAGGAAGGACAUUUAAAUCUCAUCCAGAGAGUCUGUCUAUUCUGGAUGGCUCAAAAAGGCACCCCUGGAUGGCUUUAGUCCUUGCUUUUCCAUCCUCAGCAUAUAUGAUGUCUUGCAGACUGACUCCAGAAGGGAAGCAGCAGCUCUAGGGCUACCAAUGGGUAGUAAGGGGGUCCAUAGGAGGAGACUGAAGAAUCCAUGGCUCCCUAUCAUAUCCGGAAAUAUCAAGACCAAGACAGGGAGACAGUGAUAGACAUAUUCACUAAGGGAAUACUGUAUCAUGUUCCUGCGUCCUUCUUUCAUUUGCUGAAGCAGCCAAGAAGCUUCCUGCUCCUGUUCGGGGUCUCAGGUGCCAUGUUUCUUGGGUCUGGUUCUUGCAUCCUGUCUCUCCUGGCCUUCUUGGGUCUCCUGAUUAUCCUUUGGUGGAUUGUUAGAUAUCCCUACUCUGAUUAUGUGGACCAUGCUUUGCACACUGACAUGAGGGACAUCAGGAAAAGCUAUCUCAGUGACAAAGGAUCCUGUUUCUGGGUGGCAGAGUUGGAGGGUCGGGUAGUGGGCAUUGUGUGUGCCCGCCCUGUAGAAGAGGCUUUAGGACAAAAACAACUGGAGUUGCUGCAUUUGUCAGUGGGACAGGAGCACCGGGGCCAGGGUAUUGCCAAAUCCCUUACCCAAACUGUCCUCCAGUUUGCACAAGAUCAGAAGUAUGAUAAUGUAGUCCUGAAUGCACUUAAUUUUAAUUACGCAGCUCAAAGAGUGUAUGAAAGUGUCGGCUUCUGGAAAACCCAUGAAGCCUAUGAUUCCCUGAAAUGGAAAAUGAUAGCUAUUCCUUUUUUCUUCUAUGAAUAUACAGUGCCUUCUUCGCUCUAAAAGCUUCUUGAACCAUCUUUGUCUUUUGCCCUUUAUAGAUAUAAUUGAUUGGUCCACAAUAGUACUCUGUAUGCAAUGAGCUCCCAUUAAAGCUGUUAACUGCCA